UAUUAAUACACCCGAUAACUGUGUGCACUUAGUUAUGCCGAUUAAAAUAAAUUUGAGAAAAGUGAUCACUCCAGCCGGUAUAAUAUUAGCAAUAGCCGCCAACUUUAUAGGCCACACUGACUGUACAAGUAUCUGGUUUGUGUUGUACACUUUGCUUAGUUGUUCAUUGCCGAAGUCGUUGAGAGGACUAAAGAGCAAAUUCUGUAAACUGUUUCUGUGUCAGCAUGGCUAGAACAAAGCAAACUGCCCGUAAGUCAACUGGAGGAAAAGGUCCAAGGAAGCAGCUUGCGCUUGUCACCAAGGCUGCUCGUAUGAGUGCUCCCCCAACUCGUGGAUUGAAGAGGCCUCACAGAUAUCGUCCUGGUACUGUCGCUCUUCGUGAAAUUCGUCGUUACCAGAAAUCCACUGAGCUUCUCAUCCGCAAGCGGCCCUUCCAAAAUCUUGUUCGUGAAAUCGGUCAGGACUUUAAGAGGGACCUUCGUUUUCAGUCGGCGGCCAUUGGUACUCUUCAGGCAGCAAGCGAGGCCUACCUGGUCGGCAUUUUCGAGGACACCAACUUGUGUUCCAUCCAUGCUAAGCGUGUCACCAUCAUGCCCAAGGACAUCCAGCUGGCACGCCGCAUCCGUGGCGAGCGGGGAUAAGCUCCUUCUGGCUUACUGAUAUUCAUGCAAUAAAUACCUGCUGCUUACUGUAUACCAGUGCACCCAUAUGCAUGUAGCGUACCUUUUGGACUUUGUACGAGUAGGGUCUAGUGAUAUUAUAUUUUCGGUGUGUCACAUCUACAUAAUAUAAUUGUAUAUCGUGCAACUAAAUUUGGUUGCUUUGGUCUCGUACUUGAGUGGUAGCAUAUCACACACCAACCUGGACACACUAGCAUGCCAUAAUGGUUGAUUUUAGUGGUUGUCUCGUCAUUGUUGUAUGCUUACAGGACAAAAACCGUGCGUGCCAUAUUUUUUCAGGCACCCAAGAACGGAGCCCACGGUACUGUCUGCAUUUGUGAUAACUGGUGGAAAUUUC